AUGGGUCAGUCUGUAACCACCCCCUUAAGUCUCACUUUACAGCAUUGGACGGAGGUCCGAGAGACAGCCCACAACAACUCCGUGAAAGUCCGAAAGGGCAAAUGGCAGACAUUCUGCGCCUCCAAAUGGCCACCCUUCGGAGUAGGGUGGCCGCGGGACGGAACCUUUAACUUAUCUGUCAUCCUACAGGUCAAAGCCAGAGUGAGACCCCGUCCACAUGGACACCCCGACCAGGUUCCUUACAUUGUCACCUGGGAAGCCCUGGUCCGGGAGCCACCACCGUGGAUCAAGCCUUUUCUUUCCGUUCCAGCUAUCGCCCCCUCUGCCCCCCCAGUUUCUCUAUAUCCAGCACUUGUCUGUACGAGGGAUAAAAAGACCCCAGCCCCUCCCAGGGUCCUUCCCCCAGACAAUGAGCCUCUCAUAGACCUCCUGACAGAAGAACCACCCCCUUACUGGGAGCCGGCCAGGCCCCCCAGCCGGGACCAGAGGAGGACCCCGAACCGUCCCAUAGCGGGUCGCCUGAGGGGCAGGAGAGAUGGCCCCUCGGGAUCCUCCCAAGCGCUGCCUUUGAGAACGGGCAAUGAUGGAAGGCUCCAUUAUUGGCCGUUCUCCGCUUCAUAUCUCUAUAACUGGAAAAAUAACAAUCCCUCUUUCUCUAAAGAUCCCUCUAGACUUACCAGCCUCAUUGAGUCUGUUUUAGUGACACAUCAGUCCACCUGGGAUGAUUGCCAACAGCUCUUGCAGGUCCUCCUCACCACAGAAGAGAGGCAGAGAGUCAUCUUGGAGGCCCACAAGCACGUCCCGGGUGAUGACGGGAGACCCUCGCAGUUGCUCAGCGAUAUUGAUGAUGCCUUCCCCCUAGAACGGCCUGAGUGGAAUUUUGCUACAGAGGACGGUAGGAACCACCUGCGUCUCUACUGCCAGUUGCUUAUAACGGGUCUCCUUGGGGCAGGUAGACCCCCGACUAAUUUGGCUCAGGUUAAGUCAGUGAUACAGGGCCCUCAAGAACCUCCUUCCACAUUCUUGGAAAGGCUGAAAGAGGCCUAUCGGGUCUACACCCCAUAUGAUCCUGAAGACCCGACUCAGGCUACUAACCUGAUAAUGUCAUUCAUUUGGCAAUCGGCCCCAGAUAUCAGAAGAAAGCUAGAGAGGCUAGACAACUUGAGAGAGAGUAGUAUUCAGGAUAUAUUAAAAGAAGCUGAGAAAGUAUUUAAUAAGAGAGAGACACCAGAGGAGAAAGAAGAGAGGCUAAGAAAGGAAGCAGAAGAGAGAGAGACACAGAGAGAUAAGAAGCGAAAUAGAGAAUUUAGCAAGUUGUUGGCCACCAUAGUGACAGGACAGCGGCAGAGUAGACAAGGGCUGGGAGACAAGGAACGCAGGCGCCCCCCUGUGGACCAUGAUCAAUGUGCGUACUGCAAAGAAAAGGGCCACUGGAUCAAAGAUUGCCCUAACAGACCAAGGGGGCCGCGCCGGCCCAGGCCUCAGAACACCCUGUUAAAUCUAGAAGAUUAGGGGAGUCAAGGUCAGGAGCCCCCCCAACCCAGGAUAACCCUUGAUGUGGGGUGACAACCGGUUACCUUCCUGGUCGACACGGGGGCCCAACACUCCGUCCUCACCUCCAAACCGGGUCCUUUGACCAAUAAGUUGGCAUGGGUACAAGGGGCAACCAGAGGGAAAAGAUACCGGUGGACAACGGACCGGCAUGUACAGCUAGCAACUGGUAAAGUAACCCACUCUUUCCUACACGUCCCCGAUUGUCCCUAUCCCUUAUUGGGAUGAGAUCUGCUGACAAAAUUAAAGGCCCAAAUUCAUUUUGAGGGCGGGAGUGCCCGUGUCACUGGCCCCCAAGGACAGCAGCUACAGAUUUUAACCCUAAGCUUAGAAGAAGAAUUCCGACUCCAUGAAUAUCAAGUACCUCAGGCUCAAGAGAUCACCCCCUGGCUUGAGAAAUUUCCCCAGGCUUGGGCAGAGACUGGAGGAAUGGGAAUGGCAAUUCACCAGCCACCCAUACUCGUGCAUUUGAAAGCUACCGCCACCUUGGUAUCUAUCAGACAAUACCCAAUGUCUCAGGAAGCCCAGGAGGGAAUUAGACCUCACAUACGGCGGCUCUUAGAUCAGGGUAUCCUGACCCCUUGCCGGUCUCCAUGGAACACCCCACUCCUCCCGGUGAGAAAACCUGGAACGGGAGACUACCGACCAGUGCAAGACUUGAGGGAAGUCAACAAGCGGGUAGAAGACAUCCACCCAACGGUCCCCAACCCUUAUAACCUGUUGACUGGUCUUCCCCCGAGCCACAGUUGGUAUACGGUGUUAGACUUGAAAGAUGCCUUCUUUUGCCUACGCCUUCAUCCCCAGAGCCAGCCCCUCUUUGCAUUCGAAUGGAGAGAUCCUGAAUUAGGCAUAUCGGGGCAGUUAACAUGGACCAGACUCCCACAAGGGUUCAAGAACAGUCCCACCCUCUUCGAUGAGGCCUUACACCAUGAUCUGAGAGAUUUCAGGACACAACACCCCGCCCUGAUUCUGCUUCAAUAUGUAGAUGACCUCCUCUUGGCGGCUGAGACGCAAGAGGAAUGUAAAUCUGGGACUGAAGCCCUCCUAGAUACUCUGGGAACACUAGGCUAUCGAGCCUCAGCGAAGAAGGCACAGCUUUGCCAACAGCAGGUAACCUACCUGGGGUACCAGAUCCGGGAUGGGCAGCGAUGGCUGACUGAAGCCCGUAAACAAGUCAUCCUAGGCAUCCCGCCUCCCAAAACUCCAAGACAGCUGAGAGAGUUUCUAGGCACUGCAGGGUUUUGCCGCCUGUGGAUCCCAGGAUUCGCAGAAAUGGCUGCCCCCCUUAAGCAAGGGUCCCUGUUCCAGUGGGGGCAAGAACAGCAGGAAGCCUUCCUGGCCAUCAAAAAGGCUCUCCUCAGCUCUCCAGCUCUAGGGCUCCCCGACCUGACUAAGCCCUUUGACCUGUUCAUUGAUGAGAGACAGGGAUUCGCCAAAGGGGUCUUAACUCAAAAACUGGGACCAUGGAGGCGGCCAAUCGCCUACCUAUCAAAGAAAGUAGACCCCAUGGCAGCAGGGUGGCCCCCUUGUCUCCGGAUGGUUGCUGCCAUCGCCACGUUAGUCAGAGACUCGACUAAGCUGACACUGGGCCAGCCGAUAAUGGUGCUCGCCCCCCAUGCGGUAGAAACACUGAUUAGACAGCCGCCGGAUCGAUGGCUCUCUAAUGCCCGGAUGACCCAAUAUCAGACUCUGUUAUUAGACACUGAACACGUCAGCUUUGGUACCCCAGUGUCACUCAGUCCAGCCACCCUACUUCCCCUCCCAGAGGGGCCAGACCCUCAUGACUGUCUCCAGAUCCUGGCAGAAGUCCAUGGCACCCACCUGGACCUGUCGGAUCAGCCAAUCCCAGACACUGAUUUCACCUGGUUUACCGAUGGAAGCAGCUUCCUACACGAUGGACAGCAGAUGGCGGGAGCAGCUGUGACUACUUCAACAGAGACAGUCUGGGCAGAGUCGCUACCGCUGGGAACUUCGGCACAGUGGGCAGAGCUCAUCGCCCUGACCCAGGCACUCCAGAUGGCAGAGGGCAAGAAACUCAAUGUUUAUACAGAUAGCCGUUAUGCAUUUGCCACCGCACACAUCCAUGGAGAGAUCUAUCGAAGGAGAGGAUUGCUGACAUCGGAAGGGAAAGAAAUUGAAAACAAGACUGAGAUCCUUGCUCUUCUGCAAGCCUUGUUCCUGCCCUCCAAGCUGAGCAUCAUCCACACCCCGGGCCAUCAAAAAGGAGACAACAUAGAAGCCCGUGGAAACCGCCUGGUGGACCAGGUGGCUAAAGAGGUAGCUCUAAAAGAAGCUAAAAUAACUGACUCCAUCCUUCUGCCCGUGGAACCAGUAACAAGACACCUUUACCAACUGACCCAUCUCAGCCCCAAGAAAAUAAAAACUCUGCUGGAGAAAGAAGAAAAUCUUCAACACUUAUUAUACAAAGAUAAAAUCCUUCAACAAGUCUCAGAAGAGUGUGUGGCCUGCGCCAAAGUUAAUGUGGGCCAUAAUAAGCUAGCCCCCGGGGUCCGUGCCCGAGGAAAAAGGCCCAGCUCCCACUGGGAGAUUGACUUCACCGAGGUAGGGCCUGGGUUAUAUGGAUACCGCUACUUACUGGUAUUCGUAGAUACUUUUUCAGGGUGGGUAGAGGCCUACCCCACCAAACAUGAAGCUGCAAAGGUCGUGGCCAAAACGUUGCUAGAAGAAAUCUUUCCCCGAUACGGGAUUCCUCACAUUCUGGGCUCGGACAAUGGGCCAGCUUUCGUCUCCCAGGUAAGUCAGAUGGUGGCCCAACUACUGGGUAUUGAUUGGAAACUACAUUGUGUAUACAACCCCAGAAGUUCAGGUCAGGUAGAGAGAAUGAAUAGAACAAUUAAGGAGACUUUGACUAAAUUAACGUUGGCAACUGGCUCUAGAGACUGGGUACUCCUCCUUCCUAUGGCCUUAUAUCGAGCCCGGAACACUCCGGGCCGCUUUGGGCUUACCCCCUUUGAGAUCCUGUACAGGGCCCCUCCGUCGAUGACCAGUCUCCUUGACCCUUUCACGCCCUCUCUUGUUCAUAAUCCUUCUCUCCAAGCUCAUUUGCAGGCUCUGCAGAUUGUCCAGAAAGAAGUCUGGCGACCCCUAGCUGCGGCCUAUCAAGAACAACUUGACCGCCCGAUAGUGCCACAUCAGUUCCAGGUGGGAGAUACCGUGUGGAUCUGGCGACAUCAGACUAAAAAUCUAGAACCUCGCUGGAAGGGACCAUACAUUGUGCUCUUGACCACCCCAACGGCGCUAAAGGUAGACGGCAUCACCAACUUGAUCCACACCUCCCACGUUAAGCCAGCCUAUUCCAGCCCAGAAGCCCAGCCAGAGACGAUCGCAACAUGGAAAGCUCACCAUACUCAAAACCCCCUAAAGAUAAGACUUGUCCGCUCUUAG